UUUUGGUACAGUAGAGUACAGCCACAUUCAUUGAUCUACAAGAAGGCAAUUUAUAUUAUCGCAGCCAUUUUGGGAACUCGUUUCCAGUCUCGUAAUUGGCAAGUUAUUUUUGUGUUCCUAUUUAGUUAGGUUUUACAGCAGGACAGUAUUUUUAAAGUCGAAUUUGUGUUGUGGUUUGGGAAUAGUUUUAAAGGUGUUAAGUACAUAUAUUUGUGAUAGUGGUCCAUCGAACUGAGCUUUCAUGAUUGGAUUACCGCGUAGCGAUAGAGAUAGAGAUCGUAUUACGGUGAAAAUUCGUAACAUGAAAAGAAGUUCAUCGAGGGACAGUAUGCCACGAUCUAAAAGGACGCGCAGUAGUAUAGGAAGAUAUGACGACAGUUCGGAUGAACGUGUAACGCCGGAGAGAGUCCGGCGAAGGGUGCGCUCGCCUAGUCCUCGGGGUCGUUACGUAUCUCCUCAUCGCGAUGAUUAUGUUCGGUCUAGAGAAGUAAGGGAGGAAUCUGUUCGUCCUUAUUAUAAAGUAUUAUGCGUUAGUGCGCUUCACCCUAAAGCAUCUGAUGAAAUAGUUAAAGAUACUCUCUAUAGGGAAUACAAAAAGUUUGGUGACUUCAGUAUCAAAAUUUCCCACGAAUUAGACGAGCGAGUAGCUUAUGUUUGCUUUCGCAGUGCUGAAGACGCCAGGGAUGCGAAACAUGCAAAACCAAGAAUCAUUUUAUAUGACAAGGUUGCUAUCGUAGAUCCCGUGUAUGAGCCAGUGCGGUCUGAAUAUAGAAGUAGGCCGAGGAGCAUUACUCCCCCUGACUAUGACCGUCCAUAUUCAUAUGCAUGGUCUCCGGUACCAGAGAGGAGGCGGCCACCUCCAGACGAUCGCGCAUACGGAAUCCCUCCAUCUGUACCACCACAUCAUAGAGAUUUUCGUCCGCCGAUGCAUGAGUAUCCCAUGGCAGGUCCUCAUGGGCCUCCAAUGCACCAUCGCCCACCCAUGCAUCAUCCACCUCAUCCUCAUUACAUGCCACGCCCUUACAUGCCGCGUCCUCAUCACCCACCAUUUGAAAAAAUGGAAAACAAAAAAGACAAGUUCCCUAAUUACUUACAUCAUGUUCAACCAGAAGAUGAUCCUCUUGCAACAAGAACUUUGUUUGCUGGGAACUUGGAAAUAAAUAUAUCAGAUGAGGAAUUAAGAAGAAUUUUUGGUCGUUAUGGGAUUGUUGAAGAUAUUGACAUUAAAAGGCCUCCUCCAGGCACUGGAAAUGCAUUUGCAUUUGUUCGCUAUCAAACAUUAGACAUGGCUCACCGAGCCAAAGUAGAGCUAUCUGGCCAGUAUAUUGGUAAAUUUCAAUGUAAAAUUGGAUAUGGUAAAGCUACACCGACUACUCGUGUUUGGGUUGGUGGGCUAGGUCCAUGGACAUCAGUAGCCCAAUUAGAAAGAGAAUUUGACAGAUUUGGGGCCAUAAAGAAAAUUGAAUAUGCUAAAGGUGAACCUCAUGCAUAUAUACUGUAUGAUUCGAUAGAUGCAGCUCAAGCUGCUGUAAAAGAAAUGAGAGGCUUUCCAUUAGGUGGACCAGACAGGCGCCUUAGGAUUGAUUUUGCAGAUGUCGGCACUGGGGGACCAUACAGACCGAAACCAUAUGCAGCACCCGUUGAAGAAGGUCGUUCUGAAGGUUAUGAAGGAUAUGAAGGUUCUUGGGAGGAUGGUUAUAGUUAUGGUUCUGGUUAUAGAGGUAGGGGCGGCCACCGUGGGCGAGGUCGUGGUAUGUAUCGUGGAGUGUAUCACGGCAGCGCUGAUUAUAGGGAUGAGGAAUGGAGGAGAGCACCAGAUGCUGAAUAUGACAGUAGAGCUCGUCGUUCUGGUUCCCGAGAACCUGGCGUUGACAGAUCACGUUCCCGGUCUCCACGUCGUCGUUCUCCCGACAGUGAUUCUGAUGGAUCUCCCCGACGUAGCAGUGGCAUGCUCGCCUCAGCUAGAACACUCCCUGAGGUUGUUCGUAAAGCUACAACAAUCUGGAAUGGUGCCCUCAUACUCAAGAAUUCCUUGUUUCCAACUAAAUUCCACCUUACAGAUGGAGAUUCAGACAUAAUUGACAGUUUAAUGAAAGAUGAGGAAGGUAAAAAUCAAUUGAGGAUUACACAAAGGCUUCGUCUGGAUCAACCAAAGUUAGAUGACGUACAAAAACGUAUUGCUACUUCUAGUUCACACGCUAUCUUCCUUGGUGUGGCAGGAUCAACGGCUUCCAUUACAAAUGAAGAUGCAAGCAUACAGACAAGGCCUAUGAGGAAUUUAGUUUCCUACUUGAAACAAAAAGAGGCUGCUGGAGUUAUAUCAUUGUUGAAUAAAGAAACUGAAGCCACUGGGGUUUUGUACUCUUUCCCUCCCUGUGACUUCUCCACGGAACUGCUCAAGAGAACUUGUCACAACCUGACUGAGGAGAGUUUGAAGGAGGAUCAUUUAGUUAUAGUGGUAGUAAGGGGCGGUUCUGCAUAGGAUUAUAUUCAGUGUUUAUCAAAUUAGAAAUAGACAUAGCUUAAGUUUCUUACUAAGUAAUAUUGCCAGAAUUUAAAACAAAACACUAAUAUUAUAUAAUUGUUGUGAUGUGUAGUGCUUGUGAGGUGAUUGUAAUCAUAACUUUGUGAUGGAUCAAGUAACAUGUUGUGCGAGUGUAUCAUUGUAAAAGUUGUGUAAAGCAAUAGUUGUUAUUGCAAUAUAGAUUCCCAUUAACUAGUUCUUGCUAGAUUGUCAACAUAAUAUACAUUGUGUAUUCUUAUAUACAGUUAGUGUUUACUAUAUCAGUGUAUUAUAGGUGAUGUGUAGUGUGUGAACGCAAAUAGAUUAUUAUAUUUGA